CAUUUGGCAGCCCAAGCACAUGAAAGUUACUGCAACAGGAACUUAGAAAUCCUUCCGACAGAAGACAGAAAGCAGAGGAGGAGGUCAAAGCUGACAGUUAUGAAGCUCAGUGUUGCCUUGUUCUUUGCUGGGUUUUUUGGUGCUUUGGGUGCAGUAUUCUUUUUGGCAUCAUUUGGGACAGAUUACUGGCUCUUAGUAUCUGAAACCUGUUCAUCUAACCAGACUGGAAAAAAAACAUUAAAUGGCGCUCCUAUUGAGCGGGGAGAUGGGAUGAUUUCACAGAAGGACACAGAUACUACGUUUUACCAUGAGGGAUUCUUUUGGCGAUGCAGUUUUGGUGGGAAAAUGGCAGAGGACAACAUGUGGAAGUUCUGGUUCACCAACCAGCCACCUUCAAAGGUCUGUACACAUGCCUACCUCUUCCCAUUUCCUGUUCCUACACAACCUCACAACUCCACGGCCUAUGACACUGCUGUCAUCUACCGAGGGUUCUGGAGUGUAUUCAUGCUCGUUGGAGUGGCUGCUGUAAUAAUGGGGGGCUUCAUCAUCAUCUGUGCUGCUCCAUUUGCCAGCCAUAAGCUUUACAAAGCAGGAGGGGGCCUCUUUUUAACUGCUGGGAUGUUCUUCCUAGCAGUCAUCAUCAUGUAUGUCAUCUGGGUCCAUGGGUUAGAAGGGGUGACUGAGUACACUGUUCAGAAGGAGUCCCAUUGCAGAGACUUUCACAUCAACAUCAGAUAUGGCUUGUCCUUCAUGUUUGCUCCAGUGGGCGUUUUCUUUUGCUUACUGGCUGGUCUGCUUUUCCUUUUAAUAGGUCGUACAGUGCAAAUGCAUUACAACUAAUCACAAAGAUCUGCAGGUAACACGCACAUACUGUAUGAGCACUGACUGUGGAUAUUUCUUCUUGAUGUUCAUACAUCAUGGCAUGAAAAAAUUGAAUCAUGACAGGUUAGGGAUCAUCUGAUGAAGUGUGGCUACACAUACUGUGUACAGUACAUUGCCUCUGGUUAUUGUAAAUGAAGUCUUAUUACAGGAAAUAGUAAUAAGUGGUUGAAUGCUUUGUUAAAAUAAUUUAGAUAUGUAAAUGAAACAUGUCUGUUUCAAUGUUAAACAGAUUAGUGUUACCUGUUAUACAUUAUAUUUAUACACAACACAGGGAAUAUUAAAUAAAUAAUACAUUUCUAUCAUUUGGUGUAAUAAUGUGUUACACAACAUUUCAGUAACAUGAAAAAGCUAAUAAUUACAGUAAUAUGACAUUUUGUUACACUUCUAUUCAAAAUCUUUCAAAUUUGCUGCAAUCAUUAAUAUCUACUUACUUUUUUUUUACUAAAAUAACAGCACAGUACUUGUGAUAUGUUUGAUGCACAAAACUAGAUUUGAAAUGAUUUUAUUCACAUUUCUUUUAUACAAUAGGGCGUUGUAUCUGUAACAGUGCCACUACUCUUUCCUAUAUCUUAAUGGUAUAUGGACACUAUUAUACAGUAAUAUUCAGAAUAGUGUAAUAACAAUUCACUGUGGCACCAGACCUUCCUGCUUCUUUGUGGAUUCACCACUGUGCUGCUAGUGAGUUUUUCCAUGCACGUUUUAAAAUUUGAGUGACUUUUAAAACGUUUAUUUUUGUUUCAAUUUAAAUUCAGAAAAUGAAUAAGAGUUCACUGCAGUGAAUUGGGGGUAGAAUGUGUUGAAAAGACUUUCAAGGUACUUCUGUAUAAUCACAUCUCAUUUGGUAUGUAGCCAAAAAACAUCAGCUCACUGUACAAUUCAGUAAACAGAACUAUAGAAGUGCUAAGGAUCCUAGAGUCCAAUUAUGCCUUUGUUUUGUUCGAUGCAGCAUAUGAUUAAAUAGGUUCAGUUUUCAGAUUUUUCAGUUAUCAAAGGACUGUUUCUUGUAUUUGCCUCCUUCCAGGACAGGGCUAGGUAACCUUGUCUCUUCCAUUGCAUUUUACUAAGACUUUGUUUCAGGUCCUCCCUUUCAUAGUGGUGAUCUUCAGUGACUUCAGCCACAUCUUCAGAAGUGUGGCUUGUAUGAAAACCUGCAGUGGAAUGCAUUAAACAGAAGCACUAAGGUUACCAAACUCUAUUUUGGAUGUCUGUACUCUGUGUAAGAGGUAGAUGUUAAAUGGUGUUCUUUACAAUCUUUGUAUUAAAUAUGGCAGUCAAUGACCAGACUACUAAAUGUAACAAUGUUACUUAAAUGACUUAUAUUAAUAUUAGUGAAUCCUCUGUUUUCUCUUGAUUAGCAAAAGGGUUCAAAUUCUGGAAAUGUAGGAAAUGUAGGUUUUGUUAAAGUUGCCAUUAAAAUGUUAUUUGAAAACGU